UAUAAAAUGCAUAACGACCAGUGCCUGCUCCACCUUAGACCACUAUGGCGAGCAAGACAACGAAAGCCCCUCAGGCUACUACUGCGAUCCCCCAGUUCACUCCCAAAGAUUAUUCUUCCUUCCUCCUCGCAGGCGCACUGUGCUGCACGAUCACCCACGGAGCAAUGACGCCUAUCGAUGUCGUGAAGACGCGAAUUCAAAUUGAUCCCGCGUACAAGAAGCUGAACAUAUUGACCGGAACGCGUCAUGUUAUCGCGACAGAAGGACCUAAAGCUCUCCUCACAGGUUUCGGCCCGACUGCAGUUGGUUAUCUUGCGCAAGGAGGCGCAAAAUUCGCUGGAUACGAGUACUGGAAGAAAAAAGGAGUAGAGUCUGUAGGAGGCCCAGAGGCGGCAGUGAAGUAUCGAACGGCAAUAUACCUUGGUUCAGCUAGCAUUGCAGAAUUCUUUGCAGAUAUCCUCCUGACACCUUUAGAGGCCACCCGCAUCCGUCUCGUGUCAGACAGAACUUACGCAACUGGACUUGUCACGGGAUUCACUCGUUUGGCGCGUGAAGGUGGCGUGCGCGAGCUUUACGCAGGCUUUGUGCCCAUUCUCUGCAAACAGAUACCUUACGCUAUAGGGCAAUUCACAGUAAACGAAUUCUGUCACGAGAUUGCGUUUCGUUCCAUGUCGGAAGAGACUCGUCGCACGCUCUCUAGUACCAGCAAGUUCACGAUACAGCUCGGUAGCGGCAUCAUUGCAGGUUUCGCGGCAGCCAUUCUAAGUCAGCCAGCGGAUACUUUACUGAGUCAGAUAAACAAGGGACACGGACCAAAAGGCUCCAUGUCGCAUCGACUUGCAGUACUCGCUCGUGAGGCCGGUGUCCGUGGCCUGUUCGCUGGACUCGGACCUAGGAUGAUCAUGACCGCGGGUCUUGUAUCUGGGCAGUUCCUACUGUAUGGUGCGAUCAAAGAAGCUCUGGGCGCACCCCCUGGUUUAGAGAUACACAAGGAGACUAGUGCUGUCAUUUGAUGGACACUAGAUUUGUGUUUCUCACAAUUGGAUGUCACAUUUCCCAAGAAUGAAAACCUCGAGUUGGAAGGCUUCACGUGUAUUUUUUCUAGAGUUACAGCAAUCAUCACAGUGAUAGCAUACACAUGGGUAAAAUGGAAUCAUUCAGGUAAAGCCCGACCAAGCGCCUCUACAAGCCUCGUUUUGAUAUCUU